AUGUCAAACGGUCCACCCCAGUCCAUGCCUCUACAAACCCAAAACCAGAACAAGGUUGAUGGGAGUUCCGGUCCCUUCGCCUCAGAUACAAACACCCACAAUGCAGUCUGCUCUUUCCCUUACGUGUCAAACCCUCAAAUUCAGUUCCAAACACACACAAUAGCACCUUCGCCGCCCUUGUCCGAAUCCUCCUUUCAGCAACUGGAGCCUCCCUCGAGUCAGAGACCCGGCCCCAGUCCACUUGCCGCCAGCAAUUCACUCCGAAUCCAGACGUCAGACUUUCAUCCCAACCUCCCCACACGAACCGACAUUCACUCAAACGACGCCCUUUCGACCCCGCGCCGCCCAAGCAACGCCCUCCAGCAUAAAACCUCGUCCUCAAAUCUCAAACCGAUGUCCCGUACCCCGAGCUUCAAAGCCGCCAUCGCCAACAGCCUGGGUCCCGCCUCGGCUACAAGCUCGUGCAUGCCCAGUCCGAUUCUCUCGGCUAUGAGCGACGUCACCCCGCUGCCUUCACCUUUGUUAUCUGGAGACUCACCCGGCCCCUGGAGACGUCUUGGUAUGCGCCCGCCUUCGAGGGAUCAAAUGCAAAACCCAGCCCCAGAUUCCGUCCUAGUCUCGUCUACCGGCGAAUCAAUAGCGGCUGCCUUGGCCAACGCCUCGAAACGUAAAGUCUAUGCUGGCCUGGUGGCCGAGGGCUCUGACGGCGCGGGUGCAAAGGGGCCAGUGAAUGGUAAGGCCGAACACGCGCGGAAUCGAAGCAUCAGCGAGUACAUCCCCGACCCAAACUACGUUCCCAAGCGACACAUUACCGUCUCGGGCUCCCACACGAAGCCGACAAACGGACCCGACUCUGGCCUUGAGCCGCACAUGCGCCGGGAGGCCAAUCUUGCAGAAUCAAGAGGCCUGACACCGGCGAUUGUACAACCACCAACCCCGCCACCUAGCGAAUCAUCAAGAGACUCGACCGAAAUGGCGAUCGGCAAACCGAAACCCGCGAUACCCGAGUACUUCGAAGCCUACGGCCGCGACCGAAAGAAGAGAAGAUGGAGGGCAAUCAAGACUCUGGGUCAGGGAACGUUCAGUCGAGUGAUGCUGGCAACGAGCCGAAUGGACGACGGAAGCGAACUACUACGAGCCGACAACAGCCUCACCCCGAUAUCCAAAAUGUCGCCGUCGUUUAGGAAGACUCUUGUUGCAGUGAAGGUCUGCGAACACGGCCCUCGAGGAGGAGCGAGCGAGGAGAGGAUUGAAAUGUCACUCAAGCGCGAACUCGAGAUCAUGCAGACCAUCAGUCACCCUUCCCUGGUACACCUAAAGGCGUGGAACAUUGAGCCAAGCCGGGCCAUCUUGGUCCUCAGCCACUGCCCUGGGGGCGAUCUGUUCGAUGUGGCUACAGGCCAUCGCCAACUUCUCAAGCCAGCCUUAUUGCGAAGGAUGUUUGCUGAGUUGGUGGGCGCUGUGCGGUACCUGCAUGAGCGCAGGAUCGUCCACAGGGAUAUCAAGCUCGAGAACGUACUCGUGAACUUGACGGCACCCGAGCUCGCGGACCCUUCGAUUGACUGGACGACUUACCCGCACUCAGUUAUUACCCUGACCGAUCUCGGUCUUUCCCGCCGCAUUACCGACGACGAGAAGCUCGAGACAAGAUGUGGCUCAGAGGAUUAUGCCGCCCCCGAGGUUAUCAUGGGACUUCCCUACGACGGCCGCGCCACUGACGCGUGGUCUCUGGGUGUCUUGCUCUACGCCCUUCUUGAGGCUCGCCUGCCAUUCGACCCUUAUCCCAACACGAUGGACGGCCACCGCAUGCGCAGCCGCACCAGUCACCGCAUAGCACGCGCGGAGUGGCGCUGGAUUGACUAUGCUGGCCAGGAUGGCGACCACGAAGGCGACGAAGCCAAAUUCAAGGAGCGCGGUCUACUCGGCGCCAUGGAAAUCACCGAAGGCCUGUUGCAGCGCGCAAGGAGCCGAUGGGUACUGGAGAAGGUGGCAGACAAUGAAUGGGUCAAGGGAGCGAUCCAGGUCAACGGUGGUGUGCGCUUCCGCGAAGAGGUACUGGGCGCAGAGGUUUAA